AUGACGUCCGAUUGUGAGACACAUGCGAUAGGCGUUUUGUGGUCGUCAACGACGAAGACGCAGCGCAUUCGUUGGGCUUCUAGGAGGGCAUCGAGAACUUUGCCGACAGGAUCGUUGGGCCGAACAAAUACCGCUGCUGGACGGCGACCAAGCACUGUCGAAACCGUGGUGUCGGAGAAGAACGUAUGAUGAGCGUUCACCUCCAUCAAAGCCAUAGCCAAAUCGGAUUUUGUUACAACAUCAACUGCGUGACCAUUUGAAUUGAUGACUGGGACAGAUGAUAAACGAUGGCUCAACAUUUUUUCCAGCACAUCAUUCAAACAAUCAUCCAAUGAAACCGAAUGUAUUUUGCCUUCCCAAGUACCCACACCGGAAUCCUUAAUUGGACUACUCAACCACUGAGCAAAAUGCAGUGAACGAUUCUGUUUAUGUAUAGCUUGUAGUACCCGUUUUAUUGUCAAAAGAUAA